AUGGUGGCCUACUCCCCAGACAAAGCUCUCUCCCUAAAUGAAGCCAAAGCAGACACGGAAGCCGCUCUGUCCCCAGACUCUCCACUGCUGGUGUUGCCCAUUACCCGAUUCAAAUACAAGUUUGGGCUUCCUGAUGCUACUGAACUUGAUGCUUUUGAUGAAACCAACACAGUAGUUGAGGAAGACAUCUUUUCUCAACUGGUAGAGGCCAGUCCGGAUAUGCCUGACACUCAGACACUGGAGGAAGACAUCAUUCUUGAGAUACAGAUUGAUCCUGGUCCAAAUCCAACAACACAAGAUGACAUUUCAGAGGACGAUCAUUCAACAUCAUCCUCCCUCACGGAUACCAACACAUCACUGUCUUCAAGUGACAAUGACCCCUCUAGUCGAAUAGAAAAUGGGAUUCCUAUAGGCAGACGUACAUCCAGCUCUGAAGUCAUACCCAGGCCUGCCACAGAGGUUUCUGAGUCAGAGGCUGCAAAACAGAUGGUAAAAAAUGCCUUGCUUUGCAAACCUGGGGGUGAGGAUGUCAUCGAAGAGUACAAGGCAGAAAAGUCACUCACUCACAGCACCCGGAGAAAGCUUGUCAACUUAUUGGCUAGCCAUAUGACUGAGAGCCAUAGGAGGAUGCCUUCCCGUAAACAUAAGGAGAAGUAUGCCCUGGGAAUCAUAACACUCUUUCCUUCACUAAAGGAUCCCUUUUCUCCAAAAGGUUAUCUGAAUCAAGACUUCCUUCUACUGUUUGGAGCUGAAACAGCCUCUUUCAGGUCCAAGGUUAUAGAGAGAGGGGAGACCUCUCCUUAUAUUGGCCCCGUUAUCAAUGAGGCCAAACACCUGACUCAGUCAAUUGAGCUGAGCCAACUUCUAAAAGCUGCUGAGAAACUGACAGUUAGCUCUGGACGGAAGAGGACCAAGAUAAGCCCCAGUAAUGCAGUGGACAAAAUGUUGCACUUUCACAAGUCAUGCUGCAGCUUGGAUGAACACCUUCGGAGAAGAGAUGGUAGACAACCAUACUUCCUUGCUGUUGGUCGAACCAGGAACAGGAUUGACACUUUCUACAUUGUUGUGGACAAACAGCUCAUCCCCUGCCAAUCCACUAGCUUGUUGGGUGCAUUUGAUGAACUGUUUAAAUCCCACUACUUGUUCAACCUGUCGUACGAUGAGUACCUGGGCCAGGUCUUCACCUUUGUUCAAACAACAGUCUACAAUAUCGAUGUAGCAACAACAAAUGAGUCUCCUAGAGUUCGUGAGUUUCGUGCUAUAGUCUUCAACUAA